AUGGAAGGGAGGGAAAGCAUGAGCUCGGAGGUGACGGCGCCGCCGCCGCAGGAGGGCGGGGGGACCUUCCCCCCGGUGAUGUUGCCGAGGCCGGAAAACCCUAGUCAGGGCGGAGGAGGAGCGCCGGCGAUUGCAACAGCGGCACCGGCGCCGGCGACGGUGGAGGCUCCGGUGGCGGCGGCGGUGGGAUCGCCGGCGCCGGUGAGCAUGGUGAUGCCUGUGUUCAAGAAGAAGAGGGGGAGGCCGAGGAAGUACGGCCCCGACGGCAGCCUGGUUAUGCCGCUGAGUCUGAUGCCGAUCUCGGCGUCGGCGCCGGCCGGCGAAUUCUCCUUGUCCUCGGUGCCGGGGGUGCUGAUGAAGCGGGGUAGAGGGCGGCCGGGGGGCUCCGCCAGCAGGCAGCAGCAGCAGCAGUGGGGACUGGAGAUCGACUCUUUCGGUAACAACUAACACCUUCAGGCACAGCCAUACUCUCUGCCAUUCCAGUAGAUCAACAUGAUCAGAUCAUCCAACUAUCCUCUUCCCUCUCUCUCUCUCUCUCUCUCUCUCUCUCUGUGGCUGUUUGAAGAAGGAACAUUACCUGGAGUGUUCAUUAUCUGCUGAUAACUUUGAAAAACGUCCUUCCCAGAUGAAUCGGUCGCCUGCUCCGCCGGUGCUAACUUCACGCCGCACAUCAUCACGGUUCCCGCCGGCGAGGUACGAUCACUGUCUUCAUGCUGAUAAUCUGACCCAAUAAGCGACGGAAGUCCCAACUUGCAGUUUUGGUUGCAUUUUCUGUGAACAAUCACACAAAUCGCAGUAUUUGACUCUUUUUCCCCAAAAACGGUCGGUACCAUGCUGCACGAUUGAAUCUUGUUUGAACAAUCGCAACACAUUAUUGAACAAAAGAUGAAGGAAAAGAGAAAAAACAGGCCUUUUGAGAUGCACAAUCCUGUGUUUUAUGAGUGUCGUGGUCUUUGAUUCUCUAAAAUCACGGCUGUUCUGAUCAUCGGGCCCUGAAUCCUGACGUGGGCAGGAUGUGACGAUGAAGAUCAUCUCAUUCUCUCAGCAAGGGCCUCGGGGAAUCUGCAUUCUCUCCGCCAAUGGCGUCAUCUCCAACGUCACGCUCAGGCAACCAGACUCCUCCGGGGGUACCAUGACCUACGAGGUUGGAUUGAUAUCCAUCUGCUCUGUCGGCAUCGUCUUCCCUUCCGUGAUCCACAGAUAGAAUGGUCCCCGGUCUUCUGGUUUUUCAAUGCAAGUGCUCUUGUAGGGUCGCUUCGAGCUCCUUUCCUUGUCUGGAUCGUUCAUGCCCACCGAGAGCGGAGGAUCGAGGAGCCGGUCCGGGGGGAUGAGUGUCUCCUUGGCGAGCCCAGACGGUCGAGUUGUCGGAGGAGGAGUCGCCGGGUUGCUGGUGGCCGCUAGCCCUGUUCAGGUUCUUCUUCUUCCUCCUGCUCCAUCCAUACUUUUUGUCGAAAUCUCCCCUCAACCGUGGAAGUUCAUCAUCCUCCUUUCCUGAAAUCAUCUCCAGGUGGUGAUCGGUAGCUUCAUACCGAACUAUCAGAUCGAGCAGAAGACGAAGAAACCCAGAGUAGACCAUACAUCGAUGUCCGCUCCACCUGCCGCGAUGCCAAUCUCCUCCGCCCCCAUGGAAGAGGGAUUAUCCACCGGGCAAGGGCAAGGGCAAGGGCAAGGGCAGAGCAGUGCGACCCCGCCAAGGCCUACCCCGCCGGGGACCUUCUUCCGGGGGGAAAACUGGAGUUCCUCCCUGCACUCGCAGCCGGACUCGCGCGAGUCCCCCGCGGAUGUCAACUUACCUCUUCCGGGAGGGUGA